AUGCCAGAUAAUGUUGAAAUUGAAAAUUUUAUAUCUUAUGAACUUGUUAAACCAUCUGAUAAAUCAUUAGACAAUGAAAAUAUUAGUAAUGUUAAACAUAAUGAAUUAACAGGAAGAAAAGUUAAUGGAAUUGAAAUUCAUAAUUUAUUAGGUGAAGGAGGAUUUGGAUGUGUUUACAAAUGUACAAUGCAUAAACGUUCUGGUGAAACAAUAUCUGGUGCUUUUAAAGCUGAAUUAAAUAAAAAAGGUACAUCAACAUCAAAUGGUUUAGUUUAUGAAUGUAGUAUACUAAGAAAAUUAGAAGCUGAAGGAAAUAUGUAUCAUUUUACUAAUUUAUAUAUUAAUGGUCAACGUCCUUUAUUUUCAUAUAUGGUAUUACAACUUGUUGGACCUAAUUUAUAUGAUAUUUGCACAUAUUUACCAGAAGAAAAAUUUGAAUAUAAUACAUUUAUACGUGUUGCAUAUCAAACACUAGAAUCUGUACAAGCUUUACAUAAUAUUGGUUAUUUACAUAAUGAUUUAAAACCAGCAAACUUUACUAUUGGUGAUAAAAAUCAUGAAACUGAUGGUAUAAUAAUUUAUAUGCUUGAUUUUGGAUUAUCAAGAGAAUAUGGUAGUAAAGAGAAUCCUGUAAAAGUUGUUAAUAAAAAACCAAAAGUUGGUGUUGAAUAUACAGGAACAAUUUCACAUUGUAGUCCAAAUGCUCAUUUAAGAAAAGAACUUGGAAGAAGAGAUGAUAUGUAUGCUUGGGCUUUCUUAUCAAUGGACUUUUAUAAUGAAUUACCUUGGAGAGCUGUAGAUAAAGAUGAAGAUAUUGAAGAAAUGAAACUUAAAUGUACAUAUGAAACAUAUUGUAAAUUUCUUCCAAAAGGUUUUCAUUGUAUAUUAAAACAUAUUGAUGGUUUAGGAGUAUAUGAUAAACCAGAUUAUGAAAUGUGUUUUAAUGAAAUUAGCAAAUUAAUGAAAGAAGCUAAAAUAAAAAUGGAAGAUCCAUAUCAAUGGGAACAUCUACCGAUGGAAGCCAAGAAAUCUUUAAAUAUUCGAUUAGAACCAAGGAAAAAUAAUGCAAUAAAGAAACAUGUCAUAUCAAAAAAGAAAACAACCAAAGAUUUGGAAGGAAAAAAUAAAAAUUCAUCAAUUAAAAAUGUAAGUGUCAAAAAAGACCGUAACUUAGAAAAUCGUUCUGUUAAAAAAACUAAUGUAAGUUGUAAAAAUAAACAACAAAUGGUUGAUGGAAAAAAUAAAAAAGAUAAGCCUUCUUCUAAGGCAUGUCAAAAGGUUAAAGAAAAGAAGAACAAUAAGAAAUCAAAUAUUGGAUUGGAGGAAGAUACUAAUAAAAACAAAAUUUUAACUGAAGAAUUUUUAUCAUCUUGUGUUGGUGAGGCUAAUGAAGGUAUGGAAAAGAAAUUGACAACAUUUGAAACACAACUUAAAAAUAAAAUGGAAAAUAAUAAAAAACAAAUGAAUCAGAAAAAUAAUAAUCUAUAA